AUGCUGGGGAAGAAAAUAAGCCUGCCUUGGAAAAUUACCAGCUUUUACUUCCAUAUCCGUUUUCGACAUUUCGUCUCUCCUUCCCGUGACUAUCUUCAUGCACUCCCACCCGCCAUCCUCCUCCUAGGACUCUAUCUUGCCGCUGGCCUUCCCAAACGUAUCUGGUUGGCGGAAAGUAAGGCACUAGUGAUCAGCUCAGACUGGGCCAGCGAACACGCCCUCCUGCUCAUCGAUUUGCGUCAGGGUAUUGCUCCGUCAGACAGGAUCAUCCGACUACCCUCUCCGCUCGCGGACCUGCCCACGGAUGCUGGCAAGACUGGUUACGGUUCCGUCUCGCUUCUAGACAUCCAUGAGGAUGUGAUUGCUGUGUGCGCCAGUUCUCUCACCACACCACACUUUCUGGCCGUCUCCAAGUUGCCGCCCACUGUCCUCCAGGCCAAAGAUUGCGUCACACAGAUGAAGUAUGCUACACUGCUGCUGCCUGCAUGA